CACCAUUAUCACCAUCUUCAUCACAAACAGAUUCAUACAAAUUUCAAAAUGAAUUAUGGAAACUUCAUAUAAUUUGUUUAUCAGAUAUUGUUCUAAACAGCAACAAAAAAGCAACAUGUUUUACAAUAGAAAUUAAUCAUGUUUUACAAGGAUAUAAGGAAUUAUUGAAUAGGAUAUUGCCAUUGAAAAUCACAAAAAAUCACCCUAAAGGUGAUUACAUACUUGAUAAAGGGGGUGCCUUUUGGUAUUUGCCUUAUCCACAAACUAAUGCUUCUAUUGAGAAUGUUAUAAAUGUUAUGUUGGACAAAUAUU